UUAAUGAAUUAGAUGAUUUUCUUUCGCUUUUAAUAUAAACAAAAAGUACAUUCUACUUUCGCUUUAAGUAUCGAUAAUGAUACAUUACAUUAGUUCCUUUAGUUCUGUGGAAGUUUCAAUGAAUUAGAUGGUUUUCUUUCACUUUAAAUACGGAUAGGAAAAUAUCAAAGUACAUUAUUUCGCUUUAAAUAUGGAUAGCUCAGUGAUUGAUAAUAAUACUUUACAUUAGUGCCUUAGAUCGACGGAAGGUAACAGCACAUAGCACGAGUCUACUUUCGCUUUAAAGAAGGUUGGAUCGGCGGCAGGUAUGGGCAUAAGGGACUUGUAAUAUGAAUUCUUCAGAGGAAGCCUCUCUUAACGUUUCCGAGAUGAUGGAUCGUCUUGGUUACAGUUAUGAAAUGGUGAAAUUUAGACAGCAAAUGGCGAAAGAAAGACCUGUCACCUGGCGGAAUAAUCUUGCUGAGACAAUUGUUGUCACGGGCGGUAAAGGCGAAGGAACUGCCUUGUAUUGCGAAAGCGAUGUGGACUGUAUGUAUAUUGCAGAUGACGUCAUCUGUGCCGAUAAUCCGGACCUCUUCAUUGACCGAGAGAACGUCACCCUCUUCAAGACUGAGAGACAAGAAACCCCACCUGGGUAUACGUUGUUGAAAAUGGUGCGGUUUGGUGGAAAAUCCUAUGAAGACCAAAUACGGUUAUCGAUCCUUGAAUCAAACACAGGUACUCUGUAUUUAUCAAACCAGCUAUUCACUAAUGCGAUAGAGAUGACAGAUAGACCGAACCGUUUCAGAGACGGUUAUAUUAGUGAAGAAACCAGUGGACCAUCUACACCAUCGAGUAAUGAAUACCAAACAUUUGAUGAAGUUUCAUGUUUCACAUGUUCCUGUCCGGAUAUUUUGGUAAACUGGCUAUCAAGAUCCAGAAAUCAUGCAUGGCCUUCACUAGACACCAUACAUGAAAUAUCCCGUCUUGAUGGCCACGUUGUUCCUGUUGGCUUUAAGGGAUCUUCGAAUUCUGAUAGAGAAUGGAGAAUUUGUUAUUCACUUGCAGAAUUACAUUUAUUUAAAACGUUAGGGGACACACAGCUAAAGAUAUAUAUUUUGUUAAAACAGAUAGCAAAGUCCGUUCUUCAGCCGAUAUGCAAAGAAAUAACGUCUUAUGUAAUGAAAAAUAUUGUUCUAUGGGUGUGUGAAAGCCGCAAUGCAAGUGUGUUUAAAAACGAAAUGCUAAUGAGAAUAUUAAUUGAUGCUUUAUUAAUCCUAAAACUCAGCAUAUCAGAAAACAGUCUACCAAGUUAUAUGAUUCCUGACAGGAACAUAUUUGCUGGUAGACUGGACAUUUAUCAGAGAAACCAGCUGACUCGUCUAAUUGAGGAUCUUUUAAAAGACGGAAAGAACAUGUUUCUGCGGAUUGGCAGGUUUCGUGAAGCCAUGCUCCUGGUCUCCAUGGUACCAAACACGUUUAAGAAGUAUUGUGAGAAGAGGGAUAAGGUAGAGAGUCUGAUGCUUAUGAUGGGAAGGAUACGAGCCGAGGCGUUCCGACCGGGGAUGUCAGUAAGGGAGGUAAAUAAUCUAUCAUGGAGGAAUGAACUUUACUGCAGCAUGUGGAUGCAGAUUAACGUGUUGAUACGAUUUGAUCACCAGGCGCUCAGACAAGCAGGCAUGACUGAUGAGGAAAUAGGUGACCUAUGGGCUAAAAGACUGAAUCAAUUUCUGUCUUGAUUGCAAAAGUGAGGGCACCAAUUAAGAAGCGUUUUCAUUCAAAACGAGAAUUGCUCACACAAAGUUUUAAAGGAAGGCCUAUUUGCGGAUAUUUUCAUAAAUAGUUACAACAAAAAAGAGCUACCAGUCAAAAUGUUCUAAAGACAAAUUGUGCAAUUACCCGAAAAUGACAAAAAUGCCAAAUGUUUUCUAUACUUGCCACUUCUUGCCACUUCUUACCCAGAAUAUGGUAAUAAUUUAGAAAACUCGAUCGAUAUUUGCCAUCAAUGUUUGAAUUUAGCUGCACAACAGCAGUUGAUUGUUUUCCAUUCAUUGAAGAAUUAUGAAUGUUUGUAGGACCACAUUCGCAACAGAUCGUAUUUGUAACAGAAUUCGUACGUAUGCGAUCGCAUUCGUAACAGGUAAAAUGUGUUACGAAUGUAUUUGUCCAACAUUGGGGUUGAUAUGAGAAGCACAUAUGUAUCAUGUUGAGUUUUAUACUGCAAAUGUUCAAUCAGUUGGUUGUCAUCGCAACAUCAUUAAAUGACUGCCAUAAGCACAAUCACAAGUUAGCGUCGUCGUCGUCGACGUCAAUGACAUCAUAAAAUUAUUUGAGCCGCAUCAUGAGAAAUGGGCCUUGAAGCGAUACAACCAGCGAUUUGCCGAUUAUAUACAUGCCGAUUGCAUGUGGCGUGCAUCUCCCCCUUUAAUCAUACAUAUUCAUAUAUUCAUGCAUUUAGUAAAAAUGAAAUCUUACAAACCAAAACCGAUAUGGGAAAUUUAAAAGUGACAUGUACAUGUACAUGUAGUACCAUGCUACUAUGAAUAGAACAGUCAUGAUAACGGUAUUCUCGCCAAGUUUAAUUGCCAGAUAACAAACCAGUACCAAGAUAUUAUUUUCUGACCGGAAAUAUCCCUCUAAUUAACAAGAGGGCCGUCAUGGCCCACUAUCGCUCACAUGAGUAAUAUUACACUAUACAUGUUAUUAAAUCUGCGACUUUUGCCACUCUAAGACAAAUAGCGUGAUAUGGCUACUUUUCGAGAAAAAAAGCAAGAUAAUGUGAUCUCUGUCAUGUUCACAAUGCUCAAACAUGGUCAGCUUUUAACGAGAAUUUUCAAGAAUUCUCUCCCUUAAUUAUUGACUGUGUUAAAGCAAUUCCCUUCAUAUUGGAUUGUCUCCCUUACAUUAGCUAAAGUCGUGUCAUUCAUGACCCAAGUCAAUAAUUCUUUGUCAUGGAUUUUGCAUUGAUCUAAAAUUUUGCUUUGGGUUAUAUAUUGAAAUUAAGGUCGCAUGUUACUCCAUAGAAAGCUACAAAACAUGUAGCCAGUUUUUUAUAAACCAUGUUGUUUAUAGAUUCAUAUAGAAAAAUAGUUUUUCCUCGAGAAAACUAAACUUGUGUGAAGAUAUAUGUAUUCCGAUUUUGUUUGAAUGUUCUUGUCCAUAUAAUGGUACUUUUGUUUAUCUAUCAUGCAUAGAAGUUUACUCUUUAAAACAUGAUAAAAUAAAGUAAUAAACUAAACAAUACUGUAUUUGAUAGGCAAUGGCAAAAAAAAAAACCGAGCAAUUUAACAAUCUUAGAAAACACACAUGUUACUAAAAACGCACACACAUGUUUUAUAAACUGACAUUGAUCCUAGGUUUUCCAUAGAAAACAAGGGAAGAAAGAAUCUAUUAAUUAUGAAGCAAGUUUCUGAUUUUUCUUAUCAGCAUUGGUGUAUGUGUAUCAUUGAGAUCCGAACUCAUUUUUUUUUAAAUUAGCUCUGAUUCACACUGUCUACUUAUCUAAAGUGUCUAAGUUACUUAGUCUUGUAUAAUCAAUGAUAUAGAUAAAUCAAAUAUGCCAUUCAGAUAUGUGUUUGUACAUACUAUACACUGUAAUCAUUAAAUCAAAUUUAUCCGUGUAAACUUAAAGAGGCACCACAAAACAACUGUAUUCUUUUGUGUUUCCAUGAUGGUAAUUAUACAUGCUUUGCAUGAAGAAAAUGAGAAGUAACAAGUAUCUAGUUACAAAUUGACAGUGACAUAUUUUAGGCCAAGACGAUGUGUGUAAUGUCUUAACAUUUUUUUGAAUAACUGUAGCAAUAUGUACAGAAAUCAGUGUAUUGUGUCAAAUUUCAAUCACAUUUUGUUUCUACAGUGUAAGAUAGUUAUUCAUCUAUGUUUCUGAAACUAUGCUGAAAAGAGAUUGACUGAAUAAGUUUGCAGAUGAAGUUGUCAAAACACAUUUAUUUAGUAAUGCCAAAAUUGUCCACCUGCAAACUUGUAGUAUAACUGUAUAUUACCUGUGUUUCGAGAAUGAUUUUCAUAAAGUUUUUGUGAGUGAAAAAGUAGGCCACUAGGUCGUGGUGGGUCUUUAAAGUCUUCAGCUUUAAAGGUGGCUAUUUUGCAUGCUUUCCACGAACAAAGCGUGAUCAAAAUGUAGGUCGUACUAAAGAGAUAAUCCUACCGUGCAAACUCACGGAAAGCAUGCUAUUACAAAUAUUUUUGUUGUUUUGUUUUCAAGCUUGGAUUUCAUUUAUAAAAUAGAAAUGAUAUUGCGCGCCUGUUAACUUCACCCUUUCUUUGCAAAGCGUGGAAACCAUGCUGUGUCUUUUGUUUAAAUAAAUGUACAAAUUCUUUCCCCCACUCACCAGCUUUCAAUGAGCGCCUAACUUGCAAAUUACACUAUUUCAUAAGAAAACUAUUCUAUGACGUAGUUUUUCUCCUGUCGUCGAGUGUUUCAGUACUCCAAAGAUUUUAGCUUCAGUCAGAAAAACUGUAAUUUUUAUGUUGAUUCGUAUUGUUCUGAUAAACAGUUUGUUGAAAAAUCAAAGCUCUGUUCUAUUCUGUUCUGUUCAUUUUUUUAUUUUUUUGACUUUGAGACAAUUAUGAACGUUAUUAUUUUAAAAGACUUUAUUGAAUCGUACGCCAUUUGUUGGUAUAUGCAGUUCCGUAAAUCGUUACAUCGUUUAAGCUACAUCAGAACUUUAAGAAAUCCACCAGUAUUUUUGUUUUUCGAUACAAUUUGAAGUUAAAUGGAAGCAAGAAGCCUUUACCCUAUUACACUUAUAAUUAUACUAUUGUAUUGUUUAUAAAGUCACGAAUACCCACAUAUGUGAUAAUAAAUUGUCAUGCUUUGGAAAAUAUAAUUUAUUUGCCUCUAAAGUAAAAGAAAUUGAAAAAUUUAGUGAUUUUCACUAUAUGUCAAUAUAAGUGAUGGUGAUACUUUUUAAACACAAUUGGAAGCAAGAAGAUAUUGAGUUAGAACAUAUAUUUUCACAUCAAAUUGAAGAAAAAAAAAUUGAUGUACACUGUCAUAUCUGGUAAAAUAUUCACAAACUAAAACACAUAUUUGAAAUUAAUCAUUGAAAAUAAAUUUCCUAUAUAAUCCAUUGCUCAAAAUAAUAUCAGCAGGGAAACCAAUACUGAUUAUCGGAUAAUUUUCAAGGGGGACAACCUACUACGAUAAGCCAGUCAAAUAUAAUAAAAGCUGGGGAUGAUCAGCAAAUUUUGCCAUUUUAGGGGCUAUAACUCCAGGACAAAUGGUGCUAUAUAGCUGGUUUUCGCAAGAAACCGAGAUGUUAUAGAUAUAUAACUUCUAUACAAGUUUGGUCAAAAUGAAAUAACAAAUAUGGUGUCUAUUGUGCUCACAAGACUAAAAUAAGCAAAUUUUGCCAUUUCAGCCAUAACUCCGAGACACCUGUUACAACUGCGAUCUGAUACGAGUAUGGUCCUACAAAUGUUUAAUUGCUUUUUACCUUUUUUUAUCUAACAUACACAUCUAACUUGCCAUUCAUUUAUGCACUUUCAUUGUCUGAAUUUUCAUUAUAUAAAGACUUAAUCGUAACACUUGCUGGUUUAUCCGUGUUGACUUACUUCCAACUUAAAUAACUGUGGACCAUCUCGAAUGAAGUUUGAAAUGUUGAUUUAAAGAAAACAAAAAUAUUCAACUGGUUUACUUUUGUUUUGGCAGCAUGUCCACUAUGUUGAUACUGCACAUUAUAACCAUAGAUAAUGCUGAACAAAAUAGCUAACUCGCCAUUUUGCAUCUGCUAUUUUGCCAAUUUCUAAAAGCAGAGCAGCUUUUUUAAUUUAUCAUACAUUUAGCUCAACAUAUUAUUAACAAUAUAUCAAUAUUAAAAAAAGUAUGAAAUCUCGCAAAGAUAAAAUUCUGCGCAAUUUACUACAACAAGCCAUAAACAUUACUCCCGUAAACGUUUUUUCUUCUCCCUUUUUUAACGGAUUAAUACAGUUUAUAAGAAUACAAGGGUAUAGAUUUUAUUUUUAAGAGAAAAUGGUUACAUAUCAUACAAAUAUCAAACGAUCUUUUUCGGUAGGACACGACAAAUGUUACAGUAUUAGUUUGUUUUAGUUGUAAUUUUCUUCCCUGUUAACGUUUUUUCGCUAGUUAGUCAAUUUUAGAGUUUAGUUAACCACUAUCAUGCUGGACGCGAUUGAUUCUGCAUUUGCGACCAGUUUAGAUCAUGAUCAGCAUGUACACCCGUGCAGUCUGAUCAAGAUCUGCACAGUUCGCCUUUCAGUCAGUAUCUUUUUGGUAAGAAUCCCUUUUAACAGUUAAUGGUACUGUCCGACUUGAAAGAUGGAAAUAUAGCAAGAUAAGUGUUAAGCGUAAUUUUGUAAGUUUUUGAAAAUGGGUAAAUCUGAAUGAUGUCAGUGUUUGAUUUUCUUAAACAGUUCAUAUGCUAUUAACUACUUGUUGUUUUAAUUGUACGCUAAAUUUGAAGAAAGUAUUUUCAGUAGGCAAAAUAUCAAAUGACGAAUUAGUCGGGUUUUUUUCUUUUUUUGCUGUUUUUUUUUUCACAUAUUGUUUUAUGUAGUUACGCAUUUGCGCUAAGAGCCUAUGCAACUAAAAUUAACGUGUUUUUAGGUGAGCUUUUGUGAUCGUCCUUCGUCCGUCGUCCGUCCAUUUAUUGUGAACACGAUAGACUACAUUUUGCAGUUGAUUUUAAUCAAAAAUGCGCACAAUUUGUAUUGGCAUAAUAUCUCGGUUCCUUUCAAAAACUGGCCAGAUCCCAUCAUGUGUUCCAGAGUUACGGCCCCUUAAAGGGCCAAAAUUUGCUGUUGUGGCUUUUGUGCCCAUAUAGAUACUUUCUUUAUAGUUUGCUUUGAUACAAACUUGCAAAAUAUCUUUAACAACAAUAGAUCUUGGAUUCCAUGAUAAAUCCAUCAGGUCCAAUUAUAGGUUCCGGAGUUACGGCCCCUAAUUGGCCCCUGAAAGAGCCAAAAUUUUGUUAAUUUUUACCUUAUGAACAAGAUAGAAGUGACAUUUUACAUUUGAUUUUAACCACACUUACACAGGACUUAAAUCACAAUAAGAUUUCGGUUCCUUUCGAAAACAGGCUAGAUUGCAUAAUGGGGUCUAGACUUGCUGCCCCUGAA